AAUUCGCUUUCUCGACGUUCAUCGCGACAUCGCACGAUAGCCAUCAGAACAUCUUUGUCUGCGUAUAACCCCCCCAUACAUCGUAGUUUUACCAACAGGACCUUUGCAACCAAGAUGUACUCUUCAGUCCAACCGUUCGAUGUCGGAAAGCUCAAGGUUUCAGAUAUACACUCGCUAUACUACGAAGUGAGCGGAAACGUGAAUGGAGCACCAGUGGUAUUCCUCCAUGGAGGGCCUGGUAGUGGUGUAGAUGUCAAGGACAGAGGAUUUUUCAAUCCAGAGAAAUACAAGAUCAUUUUAUUUGACCAACGAGGUUCUGGUAAAUCCACUCCGAAUGCAUGUCUAGAAGAGAACACCACAUGGGAUCUCGUGAAAGAUAUCGAGAAACUUCGUGAACUUCUCAAGAUCGACAAAUGGCAUGUUUUUGGUGGCUCUUGGGGUUCGACCCUUUCUUUAGCGUAUACUCAGGCACACCCUGACCGCGUCAAGAGUCUCGUACUACGGGGCAUUUUCACGCUGAGAAAAAGCGAGCUCAAGUUCUUCUAUCAGGACGGGACGUCCCAUUUGUUCCCAGAGGCCUGGGACGAGUAUGUUGCUCCUAUUCCGGAAGCAGAGCGCCAAGACAUGGUCCUUGCAUAUCAUGCUCAACUGAAUGCCGUUGAUGAGAGCACUCAACUCAAGGCUGCAAAGGCAUGGACCAAAUGGGAGAUGUCAACGUCGAGGCUCAAGGUGAGCGCAGAAGCAGUUGCAGAAGCAGAAAAAGACGAAUUUGCUCUUGCUUUUGCCAGAAUCGAGAACCAUUAUUUCGUGAAUGAGGGCUUCAUGAGAGACGGUCAGUUGUUGGAAAAACAAGAGAUCGAUAAAAUCCGUCACAUUCCUUGCAUCGUUGUCCAAGGACGGUAUGAUGUAGUCUGCCCCGCAACGACGGCCUAUGCUUUGAAGAAGGUCUGGCCUGAGAUCACACUUCAUGUUGUCGCAGACGCAGGUCAUUCUUCUCGUGAACCGGGUAUCGAAAAGCUUCUUAUCGAAGCUACGGACAAGAUGGUUGAUAUGUAAAAUCUCAAAAUUCUGGGUGCUGAACUUCUAACGGCGAUCUACUUGAACGAAUAACUAAAUAGUACUUGAGGAAUAUUGUUAAAUACCAGCCUGAAGUGACGGAAAUUCUGGAGCAAUAUAAAGUUGUAUUUUUAAUAGGCUGAGAUACCGGUCUUUCA